AUGUGCGACCGAAAGGCCGUGAUCAAAAAUGCGGAUAUGUCGGAGGAGAUGCAACAGGACUCAGUGGAGUGUGCUACUCAGGCAUUGGAGAAAUACAACAUAGAGAAGGACAUUGUGGCCCACAUUAAGGAGUUUGACAAUCCUACCUGGCACUGCAUCGUGGGGAGGAACUUCCGUAGUUAUGUGACACGUGAAAUCAAACACUUCAUCUAUUUCUACCUGGGCCACAUGGCCAUUCUGUUCAAGUCUGGUUAAAAGCAUGGACUGUGCCACACACCCAGUGAUCCAUCCAAAAAC